AUGGCUGCCAAGCUGAUGAAACUUUUAUUUUGUUUAGGUACAGCAGGGGCUACUCAUCUUUACUACACCAUUGAAGAUUACAAAUCCUUGACAGAGUCCCUGCUUUCUAAUUAUUCCAGUAAAAUCCGUCCCAUCAAAAACCAAGGGGCUUCUCUGCAAAUGCAGACGAGCAUGUGGUUGAUUGGCAUUAAUGAUGUUAACGCUGUUGACCAGAAACUAGUGACAACAGCAUACUUAUAUGCCACGUGGAAAGAUGAACUUAUUAACUGGAAUUCCACUUCAACAGGGAUCUAUUGGAUGCAGUUUAAUCAGAAGGAUCUAUGGAUGCCUGACCUUGUUUUAAAAAACGGAUUCACAGAAUUUAAACCCCUGGGAGGUAAUUUUUACUAUGUGUUUGUGGACUAUGACGGAACUGUACAUUGGUAUCCAUACAUGGUAUUUGAAUCAUCAUGUGAUAUUGAUAUUUCCCAUUAUCCGUUUGACAAACAGUCGUGUAAAGUCAGCUUUAAGACAUGGAGUUACUCCAGAUGGGAAAUCAACCUAACAGUUUCAGCAGACAAGGUCGGAUUUUAUGAAUUUGUAGAAAAUAGUGUUUGGGAAGUGACGUCAACAGAUGCGACAUAUGACGUAUCAGCUUACGAAACAGAUGUACAUUUCAUAAUAAAUCUUCGCCGAAAACCAUUGUACUAUGUCAUGAACUUGAUCCUUCCAAUUAUUUUUCUUGGCGUUUUGAAUUUGCUUGUAUUUAUAAUUCCAGCCGAUGCCGGAGAAAAAAUGGGUUAUGCUGUGACAAUAUUUCUCACAUUUGCUGUGUUUUUAACCAUGGUUAGCGGCGAGCUUCCGAUAAACUCGGACAAUGUUUCAAUUUUGAGUGUUUAUUUAAUUGUGCAACUGUGUAUAGGCAUAUUUGUUCUCAUCAUUACCUCUUUACAACUCCGAUUACAUCACAGAACUGCAGAGAGAAAUAUAGGAAAAGUAUUCUGCUUUUUAGUACGAAUGGAAAGGCGCUUGAGAUGUGAAGGCGGAAAAAAUUCCUCAGAAUCGGGAUGUUUUCUGAAAAAGUGUAAAUGUUGUAUGGACAAUAAAGUUAUGGAAGUUGAUGAAAGGUACCUUAAAAGCAGACAAGGAAAAGAGAAAGAAGCUAUGGAAGAGAUGGAAGAACAACCGGAAAUGUCAUGGAACGAUGUGUCGUCUGCCAUUGACUUUUUCGCGUUCUGGAUUUUGUUAAUUUUUGAAUUCAUUGUUUCAACUGUGGUUUUCACUUAUGCUUCAGCAUAUUAA